UCACGGAGGCAACGCCGAGCUACCGUGACCGCUCCUAUAAAUUGAGACGCCGUUCAAGUUCAUCCAGUCACUCUGUCCACGACAGUCGUCAUGAAAACAUCAAUUCUGGUGGUGCUCGUUUUCGCCUUCCUGGCGGUGAUCAGCGAUGCGGACGGGAGAUACGUCAGAAUAGAGAACCUCCCAAUUGACAGGAUGAGGGGUAAAAGGCAAUCGCACCCGGACGCUACUGUAGCUAAAAUCCCUGGGAUAGCUUUCCAAGAUUCGAGUUCUUCCGAGUCGAUAGAGUUGGUACCGGCUCCUUCAGAGUACCUCACGCCUCCUGCAGCUCCGUUCCCCCAGAACAUCCCCGAGCAAGUGGCCGCCGCCGCGUCUCUCCUCGAAGGCAAAUGGGACCUGAAGUACGACGCGAGCGACCUCCUCGUCCCGCCGGUCGGCCUCGAUGAAGACGAGGCCCAGUACAGCACGCUCAAGAUCAAAGCAGGCUCGCCUGACGUCGACCUGACAGUGAAGCCCAAAUCGGAAGACUUUGACCGGCUGCUCAACUCCUUCGGCCCCGUGACAUCCGACCCGCAGGAUCUCGACAGGUCAGUCAAAGAGCAGGGGGACAAAAAGGAAUCCGUCGUCUCAUUCGUCAAAACGGAUCCCCACGGACAUUUCAAGUGGGGAGUCCACGUGGAGAAACCUUAAACAUCUAGUCAGUCGCAGAAAUCCCGAAACGUACGGUGAAGAAGUCCCCGAGGUGCCGAGGGUGAAAAGAACAGGCCAUAUGGGAGUAACUGGACCGGUACACACAUACCAAAAAA